AUGGCUACUGACACUUCUCAAUUAUCGGAAGAUGAAGACCACUCUGACCAAACACCGCCACCUGUCCCACGACCUCUAUCCCAAGCUUUUCAAGAACGUACCACGUCUAUAUGGACAUGGCAGGAUCUUGAGAUUCCCGAUAACCUUGACUCCACGUCCCACCGUCCUGAGACUAGUGAAGGACCAGAGAUGUCUGGAGAUAGCAGAUUGCCCACAGAGGUUAAUCGAUAUGGCGGCCGAAGGCACUUUAACCUUCGAGAAACUCACGAUGACCACGAGAGACCUUCCUCAGAGGUCCUAUCUACAGCACGCUUUGACGAACCCUUCAGACCCAACAACGUCAGCACUUUUAGUGCCCCACGAGAUACAGAGGCCAGAACGAACCCGUACAUUAGAGCAACGCCCCCCGGUCUCCUCCCUCAUAGCAUCGAGCAAGGAGGACUACUGGGAGCUUCGCAUUUACCACGGGACUGUUCCAUUUGCGAAAAAUCUAUAAUCCGUGAAUCUGAGGUCGUCGCACUGCCUUGCAAGCAUGAAUACUGCAUAGAUUGCUUUCGAAAGUUGGUCAAAGAGUCAUUUACACAAAAACACCUGUUUCCGCCUGUGUGCUGGUACUGCCCGGGACAAACGAUCAAUCUCGUCAAAAGGUUCCUACCAGAUCUGGAAGAGGAAUACCUAUCCAAAUCUGUCGAAUUUGCUCUAGCCCCCAAACGUCGUGUCUACUGCCCGAAUUGUGGUCGAUUCCAAUGUGAGAUACAUAACGACCAGAAAUGGAAAGAUUGCUUGACUUGCAAUACCAAGAUUUGCACCAUGUGCAAAGCUCGUUUUCAUUCCGGAGAAUGCCCAAAAGAUGAAGGUGAUCAACUUCUCAGUCAACUAAAGAAGCAGGAAAAUUGGCAGAGUUGUCCAGUCUGUGGGAAUCUGGUAGAACUUACAGGUGGCUGUCCCCAAGUCACAUGCUUGUGUGGUACGCAGUUCUGUUACACUUGCGGAGCUGAAAGGAAGGCAUGCGUGGGCCACAAAGCCAACGAUACGGUUUACUUUCGACCUUUGAAUUACAAUCAAUUGGCCGAUCGUCUUCCUACUCGAUCUACUUCAGAUGGCCACCCCGACACUCUCGAGAUUGAUGCUGCAGCUACCGGUUCGGGUUCUAUGAAGGACGUACAGUCACCAAAAUCUAAUACUCUUGCGUGGUGAGAAACGUUUAAUGGGAGACUCACUUCAGGCAUACUCUUCCCUAAACAAAUUCCAAAG